AAAUGCGAGGAGGCGGGAUAAAUAGGCGAGGCUGACGGUACGCUGGCGGAUACGUUCUUUCGCUUACUCCUUUCUCUUCGUGGACGCGACCGAGGAAGCAUCGCUCAAGUGUCUCUUCCCACCCUCCUCCUGCCGUCAUGUCUAAGUCCGAGUCUCCUAAGGAGCCUGAACAGCUGCGGAAGCUCUUCAUCGGAGGGCUGAGCUUUGAAACGACCGAUGAGAGUCUGAGGAGCCAUUUUGAGCAAUGGGGAACCCUCACGGACUGCGUGGUAAUGAGAGAUCCAAACACCAAACGCUCCAGGGGCUUUGGGUUUGUAACUUACGCAACCGUGGAGGAAGUAGAUGCGGCUAUGAAUGCAAGGCCACACAAAGUGGAUGGAAGAGUCGUGGAACCAAAAAGAGCCGUCUCGAGAGAAGAUUCUCAGAGACCAGGUGCCCACUUAACUGUGAAAAAAAUUUUUGUUGGUGGCAUUAAAGAAGACACUGAAGAGCACCACCUACGAGAUUACUUUGAACAAUAUGGGAAAAUUGAAGUGAUUGAAAUCAUGACUGACCGAGGCAGUGGAAAGAAGAGAGGCUUUGCUUUUGUAACCUUUGAUGACCAUGACUCCGUAGACAAGAUUGUCAUUCAGAAAUACCAUACUGUGAAUGGCCACAACUGUGAAGUAAGGAAAGCUUUAUCAAAACAAGAGAUGGCUAGUGCUUCUUCCAGCCAAAGAGGUCGAAGUGGUUCUGGAAACUUUGGCGGCGGUCGUGGAGGUGGUUUUGGUGGCAAUGACAAUUUUGGUCGUGGAGGAAACUUCAGUGGUCGAGGUGGCUUUGGUGGCAGCCGUGGUGGUGGUGGAUAUGGCGGCAGUGGGGAUGGCUACAAUGGAUUUGGUAAUGAUGGUGGUUAUGGAGGAGGCGGCCCUGGUUACUCUGGAAGCAGAGGCUAUGGAAGUGGUGGACAGGGUUAUGGAAACCAGGGCAGUGGCUAUGGCGGGAGUGGCAGCUAUGACAGCUAUAACAACGGAGGAGGCGGAGGCGGCUUUGGCGGUGGUAGUGGUAGCAAUUUUGGAGGUGGUGGAAGCUACAAUGAUUUUGGCAAUUACAACAAUCAGUCUUCAAAUUUUGGACCCAUGAAGGGAGGAAACUUUGGAGGCAGAAGCUCUGGCCCCUAUGGUGGUGGAGGCCAAUACUUCGCCAAACCACGAAACCAAGGUGGCUAUGGCGGUUCCAGCAGCAGCAGUAGCUAUGGCAGUGGCAGAAGGUUUUAAUUGUUGCCAGGUAAGUAAGCACCUUUCUUUUAUGGUGGCAUAGUUUUUAUAACUGCUGAUAAACCCAGUAACCCUGGUGUAGCUGAGCAGUGUAACAUAGUUAACCUUAUAAUUGCAGUAAUUUUUGGAUAUUAAGUUAAUAUUCAGAUCAGCAAAAUUUGUGGGAAACAACUUGGUAUUGGAUUUGUAGCCUUGAGUCUUAAUAUGUUUAGAUUAACAACUUUAUUCCAUAUUGUUCAACAGGAAACAAAGCUUAGCAGGAGAGGAGAGCCAGAGAAGUGACAGGGAAGCUACAGGUUACAACAGAUUUGUGAACUCAGCCAAGCACAGUGGUGGCAGGGCCUAGCUGCUACAAAGAAGACAUGUUUUAGACAAUACUCAUGUGUAUGGGCAAAAAAACUCGAGGACUGUAUUUGUGACUAAUUGUAUAACAGGUUAUUUUAGUUUCUGUUCUGUGGAAAGUGUAAAGCAUUCCAACAAAAGGGUUUUAAUGUAGACUUUUUUCCUUUUUUUUUUUUUCUUUUUUUGCACCCAUGCUGUUGAUUGCUAAAUGUAAUAGUCUGAUCAUGACGCUGAAUAAAUGUGUCUUUUUUUUAAAUGUGCUGUGUAAAGUUAGUCUACUCUGAAGCCAUCUUGGUAAAUUUGCCCCAACAGUGUGGAGUUAGAAUUACUUCAGGGUGGUGCCAUAUUUCAUUUGAAUUUCCUUUGGAACUGCUUGGGUUCAGAAGCCAUUGCUUUCAGAAAGAAACUUUGGCGUAGUUAAAAUGACAGUUACUGUGGCCUUGAUGAAAUUCACCAUUAACAGGGUCCUCAAGCAAAGUCAUGGGAUUUUAUUUGGUUAUGCAAACAAUGGUUGGCACUUCCUAUGCAAUAUCUAAAUUGAAUAAUGGUACCAGACAAAAUGAUAGAUGGGAAUGAAGCUUGUGUAUCAUCCAUUAUCAUGUGUAAUCAAUAAAAGAUUUAAUUCUCUGAAUGGAAUGACAACUGUAUGGAUUUGGGACUGGCAGAGAUUUGGACUUUCCCUACACACUACCCCUGAUAAAUGUUGAAUGUUUCUAUAUCACGAUGCAAGUUCAAAACUCUGCCAGAGAACAGAAGCCAGCUGCUGGCUAAUGCCGCCCAAUAAUUCCACAGAUUAGAAGUGUUGCAGAUAAAAUACCCUUAACAAUUUUAAUACAAGAAAUAGGGCACAUUAAAGGAAAACUGCAGUUUUUUGUGUUUUUUUAAGACUGGGUUUGUUUGUAUUUUGUUUUUUUCUCAAUGGGUUUCAGAAUUGUAUAAAUGAGGUCUGGAGGUUUAAAUUAGAAAUGUGAUGUUUUCUGCAUAAUUAUAUCAACUGCAGUUUUCUUUUAAAUAUGGCACAAGGUCACACAACAUUCCGAAGUGUUAAUUGUAUAGAAAAUGAAUUCUAAACACUUGAUACCUAAUAAUUGUCUGUACAUAAGAUCCUUUUGAGCCUUUGGUGCCACUUUAAUUUCAGUGCCUUUGUACCUAGUAGUAUAGAUACUUGUUUAUCAUUAGGACUGUAUUCCAUUCCAUGGAUGUAUUUGGAAGUUUGGGUGGAGGGUGGGAAAGGUGGAUGGGAGGUGGUGGGGGUGGGAAGGCAUGGAUGAUAGUUACAUGAUACUGGCUGAGUUUGCAAUAGCAGGUGGAACCUUAACUAUUGAGGGAGUUUGCAGAUACCUCAGGAUUCGUGACAAUGCCUUUAAAGAUCCAGGAGAUGUUCAGCUACUAGGAACUGCUAGCAAGCAUAGCGCGAAUGGCUUCGAGCUCAGACACUCUGCAGCUGAGAGUAGACACUUGUGGUAUGUGGAGUACAGAUAAGCCAGGGGCAGGCCACGACACCCUCCAUGAAAGCUAGGAGGGAGUGAAAUUUCAGUGACCAUCGCAAGGAAGGAGGCAGACAAGAGUAAUAAGGCACACCUGACUCUUAGGACUAGCAGUCAGAACCAGAAGGAAAGGUUUUAUUGCUAUGCUGGUAGGUAAGAACAGAUUUUACUUACAUCCAUAUAGUUACGUUAAAUCCAGUUUUCUGGAAUCUCAUUUAAAUUGAGCCAAAAACUAGUCCAGUUAAGCUGAACUUGUUUUUUUUAUAUCUUGAGAUUAACACCCUAUUGGCUUCAGAUUCAAGGAAGUGGACGCAUUUAUUUCUACUAUAAAAUGUUUCUUCCCAUUUCCUUAAAACAAUGGCUCAAGUAAUAUACAUAACUUAUUAGUAUCAUCCCCAAAAUGGUGGGAGGGUGGGUGGAUCAUUAGUGGGAGGUGGGGGGAAUAGUUUGAACUUGGGGCUUGGUCUCAAAAAAAGAGCUAGUUCUAAAAGUUGUUUACUACUUUUCUAGGGAAGAAUCUGCUACAGGCUUAACAGCUCUGUUUU